GCUGAGGCGGGGGCGGGAAUUCCCGACCGGAGGCCGGAACCCAGCGGAUACUAUGUCGGGAGACCCUGGCGAGAUCUGAGAGUCCCGGCACAGAAGAGCGCGAUCAAGCAUGGGGCCCUGGGGAGAGCCGGGGCUCCUGGUGUGGCGGCCUGAGGCUGUGGCCUCGGCACCCCCAGUGCCGGUGGGGCUGGAGGUGAAGCUUGGGGCCUUGGCACUGCUGCUGGUGCUCACCCUCUUCUGCAGCCUGGUGCCCAUCUGUGUGCUGCGCCGGCCUGGAGCCAGCUAUGAGGCCUCAGCGUCCCGUCAGAAAGCCCUGAGCCUCGUGAGCUGCUUUGCAGGGGGCGUCUUUUUGGCCACCUGUCUCCUAGACCUGCUGCCCGACUACCUGGCUGCCAUAGAUGAGGCCCUGGCAGCCUUGCAUGUGACGCUCCAGUUCCCCUUACAAGAGUUCAUCUUGGCCAUGGGCUUCUUCCUGGUCCUGGUGAUGGAACAGAUUACACUGGCGUACAAGGAGCAGUCGGGGUCGCCACCUCGGGAGGAAACACGGGCCCUGCUGGGAACAGUGAAUGGCGGGCCACAGCAUUGGCAUGAUGGGCUGGGGGUCCCCCAGGCAAGUGGAGCCCCAGCAGCCCCCUCAGCCCUGCGCGCCUGCGUGCUGGUCUUCUCUCUGGCCCUGCACUCUGUGUUCGAGGGGCUGGCCGUGGGGCUGCAGCGGGACCGGGCUCGGGCCAUGGAGCUGUGCCUGGCUUUGCUGCUCCACAAGGGCAUCCUGGCCGUCAGCCUGUCCCUGCGGCUGCUGCAGAGUCGCUUGCGGGCACAGGUGGUGGCUGGCUGUGGGGUCCUCUUUUCCUGUAUGACACCUCUGGGCAUUGGGCUGGGUGCAGCUCUGGCAGAGUCAGCUGGACCCCUGCACCAGCUGGCCCAGUCCGUGCUGGAGGGCAUGGCAGCUGGCACUUUCCUCUACAUCACCUUCCUGGAAAUCUUGCCUCAGGAGCUGGCCACUUCUGAGCAGAGAAUCCUCAAGGUCAUUCUGCUUUUGGCCGGCUUUGCUCUGCUCACUGGCCUGCUCUUUAUUCAAAUCUAGGAGGCUUCAAGAGAGGGGCCAGGGAAGCCUGAGGAGCAGGUACCCCUGCUCCCUCACCCCCAGUAGACUGGGACUAGGAAGGAAUGAAGAAGGGAGGGCUCGAGGACUAAAGAGUUUUCCAGGAGGUAGGGAAGGAGGCUUGGGGACCACCUGACCAAUAGGAAGGCAGUGGGCAGGCAGGAGGCUGGCCUGAGAGAAGGUCAAGUCUUUAGGUAUAGGAUCAAAGGACAUUAGGAUCAGAGGAUUGCCCUGGUUGGCAAGGGACCACGUGUAGGGUCAACUGACACUGCGGAAGCCCACGAUAGGCCCCCAGCUGCCCACGUGCCAGAUUCGGUGCCCUGUGGGUUCUAGCCCAUUUCUAUCACAGCACCUGCCAUUCGGAGGAGACUUCUCACUUUCAUUAUCUCCUCCUUAUACACGUUUCCCUCUUUCCUUCUCCCCAGGGGUUUGUGCCAAAGGGUCUCUCCAUGCCAGUUUUGGUACCUUCUGGGGCCUCUCCAGUUGUGCCCACUCUUCUAUGUGUAAAGUGCCAAAUAACUCCUCUCCCUCUUUGUAAAGCACAGUGAUGUGGCAGUGAUCCCUGCCCAGCACCUCAAUGGAUUGGAUCUGCUUUGUUCUGGUCCAGAUCCUCAGUGGAGUGGGGUGAGGGGUGUGCAGAAAUGUUUGCUAGUGGGUAAAUCAGGGGAGGAUGGGUGAGCUGGGGCUACUACCACUGCUGCAUCUUGGAAAUGUGGGACAUGGACAUGGUGCCCCAUGCCCAAAUGAUAAACACUGAGCUACCACAACAUUUUUUAAUAGCUACGUAGCCCGAAUGGGUGAGGAACAAAUGCCUAUCCACCCGGGUUAUUUUUGGGGAGGGAGGGAUAGGCAUAGGGCUGUAUUCUGUAGAAUCUAUUUUACUAACUGACUUGUUUUGGGACAUGUUACCCAAAUAAAAUGUUUAUAUACA